UGGAGCCGCGCGCCGUCGUGCCCCCUGGGCGCAAGCACCGUGCGUUACUGAGGUCCGUCCCACUCGACGCACACUACGGAGUGCUUCGGAACGGGCGGCGUGCCGACACCAACUGCGACCCGGAGUCAAAACACCGCGCACACUGCCGCGAACGCUCUCCCCAUGGAAGUGCCGAGACGCAAUCGUGGGCCGGCGAGGGAGCAUCUCAGCGACCGUAGGACUGUCGGAGCGGACGACCACUGACCCUACCUGCCGUUGAAAACGGGAAUCGCGCUGGAGGCUUGUGCAGUUUAAUUUGUUUCCGCGGGCGGUUCCGUGAGAGUGGGCUCGCGCGGCUUUUCGACGGGCGCCCGGGAAAAAAAAAGCACCCAUGCCGGCUCCGUAUCGACCCAACAUGGCCGCGCUUCUCGUGUUUGGGCUGUGGGCUGCUGCAGCGGGAUUUCCCUGUGUGCUGUGCUCGGCAGAGACUGUGGGCUUCGAGGCAGCCUUCCAAGGUGAAUGUCGAGUGGAUGGCCCAUGCCAACAGAUGUGCUUCGACUUGCACGACGGGACGUUCGAGUGUGGAUGCACGCCUGGAUACCGGCUAUCUUCAAACGGCUACAGCUGCCAACCGCUGCAACAAGGUGAACCGGAACCGGAGAACCGGCACAAGGGCGAAUCGCCCACCGUCGCAGCCAGCGACGUCAAACAGAGGACGACGAGCGGCGGCGUGGUGUACGGGAGGCAACCACCGCUCGUGCGGCGACGGAUGCACGGCAACGCCAUAGACUCGACGGGGGGCCAGACGAGGUCCUCUCGCACUGACCAGGGGUCGGCUGGAGACGCGGAGUACGAAAACAACAACGUGGACGCCAUCUUGGGUGAAGAUGCCGACCUGUCCCGGCAGCAACUGCAUCGUAGUAGCGGCGCCGGCCAGUUGUCGUCUCGGUCGGCGGGUCACAAGCGAGCUUCGCUAAGCGGAGCCGAAGCGGCCGACGAUGGCUGGCAGGGCGACGACCCGGGCCCGGCGGCGGCGUCGUGGGACGGCGAUCGGCAGCGUUCCUGGCAGGAGGAGGACGACUCCUGGUCCGACGACGUCCGGUACCCGUCGGACAAGCAGCGCAGGCGCCGUGGACCGGCCACCGAGGCCGGCGGAGCGGGCAGCCGCUACGAGCCGCUCAACACGAUCGCCAUGACGACCGUGGCCACCACCAGCGAUGAGUCGGUGAUGGCGCCGGGCAUUGCGUCGCCGUGCCAGCAGCUGUCCUGUUCGCGGACGGGACGCUGCGUCCAAGACGAACGGACGGGCAGCGUGCGCUGUGCAUGCGGGCUCGGCUACACGGGCGCCUUUUGCGACCAAGAAGUGGACCUGCGACGUCCCCGUUUUUCCGGCUCCUCGUACCUCGCGCUGCCUACACUCCGGGAUGCGCACAAGUCGAUGCAGAUCACGCUCCAGUUUAGGCCGGAAACCCACGACGCCCUGCUCCUCUACUCCGGAGAGACGGCGGAGCUCCAGGGAGACUACUUUGCCAUCCUGCUCUCCAAGGGCUUUGUCGAGUUCAGGUUCGACUGUGGAAUGGGUCCAGGGACACUGCGCAGCGACCAACCAGUGCUACUCAACGCCUGGAACACGCUCACAGUGUACAGGGAUCGAUGGGACGCCUGGAUGCAGCUGAACAGCGGUCACCAAGUCCAGGGUCGUUCGAAGGGUCUCUUCUCGAGGAUAACACUGCGAUUGAACGUCUACCUCGGCGGGUCGCCUAACGCGAGCCUCGCUGCUGGCAGGCUCGGCAUCCGAGACGGAUUGGUCGGCUGCAUUCGACAUCUAGAGAUUAACGGACGCCGGUACGACUUCCGAUCCACAGCGCUACGAGGCGAUGCGAUCGAAGGCCUCGACGUUGACGAAUGCGGCGGCGAUGGAUGCAGUGGAGUGAGCUGCAAGAAUGGCGGCCAGUGCAUCGCCAAUGGAGUGGAACAGGGUGUAUGCCUCUGUGCCUUGGGCUUCGCGGGAGCCUCGUGUGAAACACCCGUGGAGAUUGUGGUGCCAUCAUUCAAUGGCUCGUCUUACCUCCGCUUUCCCGGCCUGGGCAACGACCAUCUGUCGUUCUUGGACGUACAGUUAGUCAUCAAGCCUCUGUCGCCGCACGGCGUUUUCUUCUACAACGGCGCCAAGAUGGACGGCACGGGGGAUUUCGUGUCGCUUCAGAUGGCCGACGGACACGUCGAGUUCCGCUUCGACCUCUCCACCGGGACGGCGGUACUCAGGAGUCCGUAUCCAGUGGCCCUUGGCGAAUGGCACUUGGUGAAGGCGUCCCGCACCGGCCGUCUGGGAACCCUGACACUGGAUCGCCAACCCGGUGUCGAAGCACACUCUCCUGGCGCCUUCACCCAGCUCUCGCUUCCACUGAACCUCUACCUGGGCGGGGUGCCGGAUCCUAAGGAGACCGCAGUUGGUGCCGACGUCAUGCAGUCCUUCGUUGGUUGCGUGCAAAGACUGACCAUCAACAACCGGCCCGUGCGGCUGAUGCAAGAGGCCCUGUCGGGAGUGAACGUGGCCAACUGCGUGCAUCCAUGCGUCACGGGUCCCUGCUACAACGGCGGCGCCUGCCAGCCGCGCAUGGAUCUGUACGCCUGCCACUGCAAGCUCGGCUACGCGGGGUCCAACUGCCAAAACGAAGUGAAAGAAGCCAUCGCAGAACCGAUGAUGGGCGGAGCCAGCUACUUGCACUACACUUCGGAUGACAUUAUGCGAAGGAUACGCGGCGACCAGCUCGACGUGACCCUCGCCUACCGGUCGUUCUCGAGCCACGGUCUCCUGUUCUGGGCCGGGGACUCCAGCCAGCAGAACCGGGGCACGCUCUACUCGCCUUCGGACUACCUCUCACUGGGACUCGAGAAGGGCCUGCUCACGCUGCGCUUCAACCUGGGCUCCGGCGAGGCGCAGCUCUGCUGGAACACCACGCGCGUCGACGAUGGACGCUGGCACCGUGCCGCACUGAGCCGGAGCCGCCAGCUGGCCACGCUGGGCCUGGACGGGUCAUCUCCCGUGGCGGUCACGUCACCAGGACGCUUGAGGCAGCUUAACGUGCGCAGCGGACUGUACAUUGGUGGCAUCGGUGACGUUACCCACGUGACCAGAGGGCGCUACAAGUCGGGCCUAGUCGGCUGCGUGGCGAAUUUGACUCUAGCCGGUGACUAUCAUGUCCGGCUCGUCUCACACGCCGCCACGGGCAUCAACGUCCAACCCUGCCUUUGAAGACCUGGCGAAGCACCGCAACAGUAGCCCAUGUAGAACAACAGCCCUGCGUUAUUAACAUGAAGUUCGCACAACUAUGUUCCAGGGUAGCCCCAGUCGUCUGUCAUGCCCACAGGCUGUAGAAGACGGAACAGGGGUUAAUGUGACAUGCCAGUGUAGCUCGCGCUAAAUCUGCGCAAUAGCGACAGUUGUGAGGACAGUUCGGCUGCCAGAUUUCCCCACUCUUCUAGUCCGCAGUCAACUCGGCUUUGCUAACACUCCUCGGUAGUUCUUUCCCCAUCCGAAGCUUGCAGUUAGUGAACUCCGUUUAAAGGCAUGCGCUGAACAAAUGAUCGCUGCUUCGACCUUCAGUUUGCUGAUGUUGCUGAUGUGAGAUGUGAGUUGCUGAUGUGAGAAUCUGCUUAAGGGAACCAGCAGCGUCUUCGCUAUAAUGAAAAAUAACGACAGUCAUAAUGUAAAUGCUUUGUAAACAGUGCUAAAGACACUUCUAAGGAAAUGACAGCCACUAGGUUUACCUCCAAUGUAGCCUCCCGAUUUCGACGUAGUUCAGAGCACAUUACUCGCUUCCUUGCAUCACACACUGGGCGCACCAAUUCCCCGGGGACCAUUACCACACGAUGCUGGGGCUGCCCUGGACGUGAGGAAAACCGAACACGAAGCUGCCGCGAACGUGAAUAACAGAUGCCGAACUCCUGGACUCGCCACGAACACAAUGGCCUGCUUGUGCGACGCCUAGAAGCCACGCAAGUGCCCACGACCAUUCACUUCGUUAUUUUUUCGUCUCAAACGCCAGUGCAGACGUGCUCUCCUGCGACACGACAAAGUAUGGUCACCUCCCAAGCAGGCAAAACUAUUCAAUCACCCUGUCCUUCGAUGCGCAGUGGUGUCGUGAACAUUGUGAGAAGUGCAUCUGUCAAAACAGUACUACGGGUGCGCUUCUUUCUUUCGUUAUAGCCGGAUAGGUCUGCUUACGUGGCCCGAAUAGAAGUAUCUAGUGUUUUAUUUGCCCCCCGCCCACCCACCCAUGCAACUGUGCGGCCUCCGACACUCCCCUUCUGAAGUUGCGGGCGCAGCUGCUUUAACAGAACUAUGCCGCUUACCAGCUUGUCUACGCCUUCAUGCAUCCAAACAAGGGACUGUCAUUGACACUCAUAGGAUGGCGGCUUGUCACAAGGCGCCGUUGUGUUGAAUGUGAGUGAAGGUGAAGAGCGGAAGUGUUUCUGUGCGGUUUUGUGUGCCCUAAUCGCUCCUUUUACAGACGAAACCAGUGUUCCUUUUCUGUUAGCACCCCUGUAGGGGAAUAAUGCGCCAUAAUCAUUGUAAAGUUGCAAUUAGCUCUGAACACACUCAUUGCAAACACCUCGCAAAGCGAGUGGCACGACAGGACAGUCGUUACUAUGCUGUCAACAGCGGAAAAAGUGUGAUGCGUUACCUGUAAUUAUGUAGUCCCUUGGUGUGCCCUUCUUCACUACAGGAGUGCUAACGGAUUUGUUUCUUUCGUUGCUGAAACUGCAACUGGGCAACAUGUAUUUGUGCGAUGAAUCACGAUACGCUGCCGUGAGAGGACUCUUCACAAUUCAUAUUGUGGCUUAGAUUAGGCUGAUCGCAAGGCGCACUGAGAGGAGGACCGCGUUUCGAACGCGCCACCCGAUAUGCGACUAGCACAGAACAUGUAAACCAUAACGGUCACAUCCACCGACCACAGAGGCCUUCGGAGCCGCAUGCUCUCUUUGCGGAGAAAAAACAAAGGUGUGCGCGUAUUGUACUUUAUGACUGUGCUUGUACGGAUUCCUCGCAGCAACCACUACUGUCGCUUAUGUAAGACCUCUAUAGUUCAAACCGGUAGAACACCUAUCAUGCAUACGACUACGAUUUCAAUUUCGCGCCAGAAAACAGUCGAGGGUUAGGCAAUGAAUUACAUUUCCAUGCAUUUAGCUUAAAAAUCAACACACGCUACUGGCUGUUUUCUGUUUUCGGUUAGCUGUAUUAAGGAAAGCAAACUUGUGCCACUAAUGCUGUAGCACAGCAUUCUGCUUUCAAUCACUUGUCACAGUGAAUAAAUCACACUACUAUCGCUACUGCGCAAAUAUUGCUACGAACGCCUGAAGCUGCUGAAAUGAGCGUGUCGAAGGCUGUGUAGCAUUAGCGAAUUGAUGUCAGCAUGAAACCUGCGAAGAGAAAUUUCAGGUACGCCUUCUUACAUUGCGGGACAUGCCGUGCACGAGGCAGUGGUUGUCUCCUGUCACACUCUAAUGGGCAUUUAAAUGAGGCGCAGAACUUCGGCAUUAUGUUGGGGGGGGGAGUCCCAACAGAUAGCACAAGAAAACGUAACAGACUCUCGUGUACAUUGGUUCUGUCAAACCAUUGCAAUAGGCGUAGUUCUGUAUGAAGGUGAUUAUCCGAGUAUUCUUAUUUUUCGAAUUGUUCAUAACCUUUGCGUGUGUCUCUUGCUCGGGAUCAGUGUUUGGACUCUUGUACAUCUCUUGCACCUUCCCAUUGUGAUAUGACCCAGCACUUCGCUCUGUGUGUGCAUGCCUCACAGUAGGGACGCUGGAUAGAAGACACGAAAAGGCGGCGAAUUCUAUUUGGGUCCAGCUGGCCAGCACCGUUAGGAGUUGUGAGUGGUGCGUCUGAACCUACUGCAACCAAGUAGAUCGCGCCUACUCCUUACCGCUCUUCUUUUAUAUUACGUGAACUACAUACUUCGCAAAGUACUCUGUUAAGGCUGUCCCUAUGACGUAUCGCAAAACGGUCUUUCGAUCCGGCGUCCGCGUUUGUCCUGUUGCUAAUUGAAGGUAGUUGAGCAGAACGGUACGCGUGAAAACUGACCUCGGAUAGGGCGUGAAUGAGACGGCAUGACAAGACCAUAUAUUGUGGGGAAACGCUUAGCAGGGGUUAUGGUAAGAAGACGUGUAAAACCGAUAUUGUUCCUUGCCGCAAGUCGCUGUUUGUGCUUGUCCUUUUAUAUGAUUCUGUUUUCCCUCUUCUAUUAUUAGUGUUUAUGUAUGAAAUAGAGCUUGGGAGAUACGUGGCUUCGUUAGUCAAUCACUGGAUCCCUUAUGAGGCUUUGUGAAUGCUUCGUUUGAAGGGCAUUUUUCAGUGUACAUAUCAGCGCGUAAUGUUUUCGAUUAUUGAUUGCGUGUGUCGCUCUGUUAGAAUCAAAGGUCUAUGGUAAGUAACGACAGGUAAGUGUAUGUAUUGAUGAUAGAUGAAGUCCGUUAAACGAGGAGGCUCGCUUCAGGGAGCUAACACCACGAGCGUCACACCUGUAGCACAGCGCCUACAUUGCGUAUGUUUAUAAUUGGAUGCUGUGUGCUCUGCUAACUAAAGCCCUUGUAACACCGAGAUGGAGAAGUAAAGGUUGACCAAAGCA